UAAUCAGCCGCAAAGCAAAAGCUUUACAAACUGCACGAGGGAGAGCCCAGGAGGAGGAGGCAGGGAGACACACUAUGAAGAGGGGCAGCAGGAGGGAGAGGUCUGGCCAUUCCUCCUCCCCAGCCAUCGGCAGGCGGCAGUGACUGAUUGCAGCUGGAUGGAGAGGAAGACAAGUUCCUGGAUGCCAUCAGAAAGCUGCCAGGACAUCUGAAAGCAACAAGUGCCUUCUUCCUCCUCCUCCUCCCCCUCCUCACCUGGGCACCAGCCCCCGAAGCCAGAGCCAGGGAAGCCAAGAGCAGAGGCCAGCAGGGAUGGAAUUGCUGAUCUUUAAGCUCACUGGAGAGCAGCAGAAGGGUGAAAACAUGGUGCGGAGACCAGUGAAGACAAACCAUGUGCGAAGGAACCUCUUUGGUCCUGUGGACCACGAGCAGCUGCAGAAGGACUUCCAGCAGCUACUGCACAGCAGUGUAGAGGGAGCCAAGCAGAAGUGGAACUUUGACUUCCUACGAGAAAUACCAGCUGAGGGGCUUCUGCAAUGGGAAGAGCUACAGGGCCAUGAGGUCCCAGCCUUUUACCACAGCUGUGUGGUAGGAGAGGCUCGCAAGCCCUUGCAGCUCUUGAACCAGCCCAUGGGCAAGGAAGCCAGGGCUCACCAGUUUGCCAAGGUGACACUGACUGAGAAAUCCAAAGCUCCCAAGAAAAUUGUAGGCAAGAGCCAAGAAGUGAGGAAACAAAGACAGGCUUCCGUCACAGAUUACUACUCAGCGAAGAAGCGAGUCAAAACUAACACAAAAGCUGCUUCAGAAAAUGUGGCUUUCUGAAAGGGAACGCAGGGUUAAUCUGCACCAGAGAUGUUUGAAAGAGCUGGCAAAUAUAUUUGACAGUCAGAAAUUGUGCGUGCAAGCUAUGAACACUUAGGGCAUCGGAGAGAGAGACAUUCAUGGAAGCAGCAAUGGCAAGCCUUACAAGCACAACAAAAACAGCAUCAGGAUGAUGUCAGACCAAAUGAACUGGAAUCCCUUUUAACUAA